UGCACAGUAUUCUUACGCAGCAACGAGGUGCCUAUGCGUGGUUACUGAGUGGGUUAUCGUAGGUAGGACUAUAUAUACUUGAACUCAGAGGAGGAACUCUUUCGCUCUACAACUGACCGAGUCGCAUUCAAGAUGGACACUUCAAAGCUUUUCAGUGUCGAAGGCAUGAUCGCAGUAGUAACAGGAGGAGGCACAGGAAUCGGCCUCAUGAUAGCUCACUCCCUCGCCUCCGCCGGCGCAACAAAAGUCUACAUACUCGGCCGCCGCAAAGACAAACUCUCCGCCGCAGCCUCUCAACAUGAGAACAUCAUCCCAUUCCAAUGCGACAUCACAUCCAAAGCAUCCCUCCAAGCCGCCGUGGACUUCAUCACCCACGACACCGGCUACGUCAACCUCCUCGUAGCAAACUCCGGCAUCUACGGCCCACCAUCAAGUUUCGUGCCCGGUUCAAGCGUCCAGGAGCUGCGAAAAUUCAUGUUCGAAAACACGUCCAUGGAAGACUUCACGCAGACCUUCCACGUCAACACCACCGCCACGUACUUUACCAUGCUGGCUUUCAUCGAACUACUAGAUGCAGGAAAUAAGAACGCCGUAGCUGGUGGCUUCGGCAAGCCGUUGAAAGAAGGUAGCAAAGUACCGAGCAUCCAGUCGCAAGUCAUCGUUACAUCCAGCGUAGGUGCGUUCCUGCGUGAAUGGCAGUGUGCGCCGGCGUAUGCGGGGAGUAAAGGAGCGGUUAUGCAUUUGGUUAAGCAUGCUAGUACGGGGCUUGCGCCGCAUGGGAUAAGGGUUAAUGCUCUGGCGCCUGGAUUCUUCCCAUCUGAGAUGGCCAAUGCAGUUAUCGAAGGCAGAGACCCUAGUAUGGAGAGCGUCGAUGAUCCAAACUUCAUCCCUGCACGAAGGUUUGGCGGAGAGGAGGAGAUGGGCGGGACAGUUUUGUAUCUUGCGAGUCGGGCGGGGAGUUUUUGUAAUGGGUUGGUUCUUGUAAAUGAUGGAGGGAGGUUGGGUGUUACGACUAGCACUUAUUGAAGAUGGUAGGGUAAGGGUCAUGUAUGGGUUGCACUAGCAGACAAUUAGGGUCACAAAUACUAGCCUGCGAUGAAGAGGUGGUCAGAGAUCUUCUGCUCCAUCGGUAUGAAGACAAACC